GAAGAUGACAACGCCUAUCCUUCUGGACCCGUUGAUCCGAGACUUUGUCCUCAUCCCCAUCGUGGUGGUGGUGAUCAUGAGUAACAUCAUACGGAUGAAUUUGAUGCAAAUCUUGGGACGAGCGACUCCAAAGGCGGACCCGGACGAAGUUAAAAAGCAAAAACUGUUUACUCGUGUGAAGUUACUGAGAGCUAACGGGCACUUCCUCACAGAGAAGGCGUUCCAGUCUAAGAAAGCGCUCUAUCUCAAGAAGGACCAAGGUCUGCUGUGGCAGGUCCCUCCCCAGAAGAACGCCAUGGAUGCUAUGAUGCAGGCUCAGUCCGACCCGAGUAUGGCCACUGGGAUGAUGAAGAAUCAGUUCAUGUUCUUGGGUAUACAUGGUACGCUCGGCUACUGGGUCUCCCACCUAUUCAGUGGCUUCCUUGUGGCCAAGACUCCGUUCCCUCUCACAUUUAAAGUGAAAUCAAUGCUACAGCGAGGAGUGGAUGUUCCAGCCUUGGACACUUCGUAUGUCUCCUCCCUUUCCCUGUACUUCUUUGUUUCGAUGAGUAGCCAAGGUAUUAUGCAACUGUAUCAGCAAUUGAGGUCGUCGGGCGACGAUGCUUCUAUGGCAGCGGCUGCUGAUACCUCUGGUGAGGAUAUGAUGAUGAUGGGAGGGAUGAUGGCUCCUCCGCCACCACCGAUGCCCAUGGGAGGUGGUGGUGACGUCAAGAAGGCGUUCGAGACUGAGCGGGAGAACUUGGAUAUUGUACAGCAUAAAUUUGCCCUGGAGGACGCUGAGGCGAGACUCCUCGAAAAAUGGCUAGGGGCAGGCGAUGAAUAAAGAACAUUCCUUACCCGAUUACCAUCACACUCAAGCUGAUAAAUUAUUGAGUU